AUGGCGGAUUCCGACGAGAAGACCCGCCCCGACGACGCCCAAGACACGAAGACGAAACCUCUCCCACACUGGCGUCUUGUCAUCGAUCAGGCUGGUGUUACGCCCGAGGUCCUUGCCUACAACUAUCAAGGGUCCGGCACCGAGCAAGACCCUUUUGUGGUUCAAUGGAUCCCAAACGACCCAAGAAAUCCCCAACAAUGGAAAGACUCAAAGAAGUGGUCCAUAACGUUAGCCGUUUCAUUUGCCACUUUGACUGUUAGUCUGGUAUCAUCGGCAUAUACGGGAGGCAUAAAGGAAAUCAUACGAGAUUUCCACCUUAGCCAGGAGGUAGCAACUCUGGGCGUCUCUCUGUUUGUCGUUGGUUUCGCUCUCGGGCCUUUGCUAUGGGCACCACUGAGUGAGAUCUUUGGCCGCCAGCUACUGUUUAUCGGAACCUAUGCUGGCCUUACCAUCUUCAAUGCAGCCUGUGCUGGUGCUCCUAAUGGGGCUUCGCUACUGGUCUUCCGAUUCCUAGCUGGUUCCUUUGGUUCUUCUCCCUUGACCAAUGCUGGCGGAGCCAUAGCUGAUAUGUUUGCGCCCGAACAACGAGGCUUAGCGAUGACGCUUUUUGUGGCUGGACCAUCUCUAGGUCCAGUGUUGGGUCCUAUUUGCGGCGGAUUCCUCGGCGAGAACGCUAGUUGGCGUUGGGUGAUGGGAUUCCUUGCCAUCUUCGCUGGGGUUAUGUGGAUCGGAGGAACCAUCCUCAUUCCAGAAACCUAUGCCCCGACGUUGCUGAGGCGCCGGGCUGCUAAACUGUCUAGCAUGACUGGCAAAGUUUAUACUAGCAGCAUCGAAUUGAAACAAGGCAAGGUCUCUUUGCGCAGUGCUAUUGGCACCUCCCUCCUGCGGCCGUGGAUUCUCCUCUUCAAGGAACCUAUCGUUCUCCUGUUAUCGAUCUAUAUGGCCAUUAUCUACGGUACCCUCUACUUAUUCUUCGCUGGCUUUCCGGUAGUUUUUGAACAGGCUCGGGGUUGGAGUCAAGGUAUCGAAGGGUUAGCAUUCUUAGGUAUAGCUGUGGGUAUGUUGGCGGCUUUGAUCUAUACGAUCCCUGACAACAAGCGCUAUGUUCUCCUCCAUCAAAAGCACAACGGUUUUGCACCACCAGAAGCUCGGCUCCCACCAGCAAUAGUUGGCUCUUUUGCAAUCCCAGUGGGGCUGUUUUGGUUCGCUUGGACUAAUUAUCCAUCCAUUCAUUGGAUUGUCAGCAUCAUGGCUGGUGCUCCUUUCGGCUUUGGUAUGAUUUUGGUGUUUCUAAGCAUCCUGAAUUAUUUGGUCGAUGCAUAUACCAUCUUUGCCGCUUCAGUUCUUGCUGCUAAUUCGAUUCUACGCUCUUUGUUCGGCGCAGCCUUUCCGCUCUUUACAGUACAGAUGUAUGACAACUUGGGAUUGCAUUGGGCAUCCAGCAUCCCAGCAUUCCUGGCGUUGGUCUGUCUCCCGUUUCCGUACCUUUUCUACAUAUAUGGAGCGCGCAUCAGGACUCAUUGCAAAUUUGCCGCUGAAUCGGAUGCCUUUAUGCAAAGUUUAAAGGAGGCCCAGAAUCAACGAGAACGCGAGUUAGAGGAGCAGGACAAUAGUACCGAGGACGAGCGUACAGUCGUUGACGAAGGAGUGAUCACUUCAGGCCAUAGACGAACGUCCUCGGUCCAUGGUCCAUCUUCAGUAUAUGAUGGCAACCCCUAUGACAUUGAUCGAGUUCACACCAGGAAUUCAUUCUCUUAG